AUGUUCGCCGGGUCAGGCAGAAGUGCAGGGCAACAACACCAAAAGACAUUUUCUCUCUUCUCCUUCUCCUUCUCCUUCUCCUUCUCCUUAGUCCAAUAGUCCUUACUCUUUCUCUCUCCUGAUUUUGACGACAUUGGUGUUUAACUUCCACGAAAAUCUAGCUACCUCUACAUUAACAUAGUACAUACACUUCCCAAGAUUCUGAUUACCCACCCCGCCACCCGCCCUAACAAUUUUCAACUUUCUAGAUAUAGUAAUAGUACUAGUACAAGUUGCCUACCCACCCUGAUAUGGAUACUAAACGAACAGAAAGUCCGAUCUAUGCUCGCCGUUGGACCUCCGAGCCCGGAAAUGUCACCGCCACGUCUCUCCUUUCUUCCCGCCCCCACCACGUUCGUACUUCCUCUGCCACCUCCGUCGAUUCACCCACCGCAUCACCCACCCGGGCUCACCAUUCUCGCACUGCUUCUACUACCGGAAUGUCAAGUGUUAAGCGCACUCAGAACUUCGCCGCCAGGGCUGCCGCUCAGCGCUUAGCUCAGGUCAUGGCUUCUCAGAUUACUGACGAAGAUGAUGAUGACGCCGAUCUGCGUUUCCCUGCGCCGGCAUUGUCUAGAAAUAUCAUUAAUGGUGUUGGGAAUGGGAAACCCGUCCUUCCUUCUGCUCCUAAAAUCAGCACCACUAGAUCUUCUUCUCCUGCUUCAGCGAGGAAUUCAGUGGACGAAAUCCCGUCAUUUCGGGCAAAAUCUAAUGGAAGAUCAGUAGCAUCUAUUCGAACUGCUGCUGCAUCGGUACCGGUACCAGUACCGGCACCGGCACCUGUUCCCUUGCCAAAUAUUACAGCAUUGAAGAGCCAAACAUCUCUACCGCCGUUGGAUUCACCUUCUUUUAGGGCUCAGAAAGAUAAUAGUAAAAGAUUCUUUGCAGAUAUAGGACAAAGGAAUACAAAAGAUGCAGAACAUCAGCAAGACCCUUCUGGUCUACGUGAUGAACUUGAUAUGCUACAAGAGGAGAACAACACUGUAUUUGCGAAGCUUAGAGCAGAAGAAGAGAGAUGCAAACAAGUGGAGGCUAGAGUUAAAGAACUUGAAAAACAGGUUGCUUCGCUUGGAGAGGGAGUUUCAUUAGAAGCUAAAUUUUUGAGCAGAAAAGAAGCUGCAUUACGUCAAAGAGAGGCUGCGCUAAAAGACGACAAGCAAUCAAAAGAUGUGAUAAACAAAGAAAUCACAAACCUUCGCUCUGAAGCCAAGAAUGCUAAACAUGAAGUUGAAGCUGCUGCAGCACGGCUUCAGGGUACCGAAUCUGAAGUUAAAGCUCUUCAUUCAAUGACAGAAAGAAUGAUUUUAACCCAGGAAGAGAUGGAAGAAGUAGUUCUCAAGAGAUGUUGGCUCGCUCGUUACUGGGGAUUAGCUGCACAGAUUGGAAUAUGUGCAGAUAUUGCUUCAUCCAAGUAUGAACACUGGUCUUCAUUAGCUCCUCUUCCUUUUGAAGUAGUUAUUUCUGCUGGCCAGAAGGCUAAAGAAGAAAGCUGGGAAAAAGGUGGUGAAGACUCUGAGAGUAAAGGCAGGCUUAACCAAGACUUCAACGAUCUCACUGCAGAUGGAAACAUAGAGAGUAUGCUUUCAGUUGAAAUGGGCUUAAAGGAGCUUGUGUCAUUAAAGAUAGAGGAAUCUGUUGCAUAUGCUUUUGCCCAGCAACGCCGGCCAAAUUCUUCUAGAUUGUCUAUUUCAGAUUUCAAAUCACCAGGAGAUGCGAAGUAUAUGGAAGCCUUUGAGCUAAGUCCAGAGGAGUCGGAAGAUGUUCUUUUUAAAGAGGCAUGGCUGACUUACUUUUGGAGAAGAGCUCUGAACCUUGGUAUAGAGAAGGUAAUUGCCAAAGAAAGGCUUCAAUUUUGGAUCGGCCGAAGCAGACAUUCACCAAAUUCACAUGAUGCAGUUGACGUUGAUCAAGGUUUGAUGGAGCUGAGAAAAUUAGGGAUUGAACGUCGACUCUGGGAAGCAUCCCGCAGAGAAAAUGAUUUCUGAAGACACUGCUGAAAUUACACGUAUAUUCUGCUACUAGUUUAGUUAAUACUUAAUACCUCAGCUUUUGUUGUUACUGCUGUAUAGAAUGUAUUUCUUCUUUAUGUGUACAUAGUUUAGUUUUGUCCUAUUUGCUGGGCCAUCCUUGUUCUGUUAAUUGGGGAUUUCAGCAUCCUAUUAUACCAUCCUAAACCUGAUGUUUCGAGCGUAUUUGUAAUACUUACGGAGUAAAUCUUUUGACCAACACUGUACAUGGCUAAAUUCCUCAUAAUUAAGAUGAUGUCAUGAAGCUUAGGAAGCAGGCGAGGACAUCAGAAAGAAAUGCCUAGCCUUAGUAAAAAGUGGAAGAAAGAGCAGUAAUAGGAGCCAUUAAGCCAUGUACUGUAUGAUAUUGUAUUACACUGACUUUUGCUGCUAUGAAGUAUGAAGUACUCUGUAGUUGUAGCC